AUGACAUCUUCUAUUAAUAUUACUUUCGACGAUUACCUCGGGUUGAAUGCAUGCCUUUACGAGUGGGCAGACAGCUACGACACAAAGGACUGGGACCGCCUUCGCAAAUGUAUUGCCCCUACCCUCCGCAUCGACUACCCCUUCCUCAACAAGAUCUGGGAAGCCAUGCCCGCAGAAGACUACGUCGCCAUGAUGAGCAGCAAACCCAUGCUCGGCAGUCCUCUCCUCAAGACGCAACACCUCGUCGGUGCAAGCCGCUGGGAAAAGAUCUCAGAGACCGAGGUCGUGGGCCAUCACCAGCUCCGUGUCCCCCAUCAAAAGUACACUGACGAGACGUUCAAGCAUGUCGCCGUCAAGGGACACGCGCAUAGUAGCAAUAAGCACUGGUAUAGAAAGGUCGACGGCGUGUGGAAGUUUGCGGGGCUGAGUCCCAAGAUGCUCCUGACCGAGUAUGAUUUUGCGGCGGUGGCUGCCGAAGGGCGUGACUCGCUUUUGGCUGGGGCGGUAAAGGAUAUAUGA